AUCCCACAACACCUAGAGACGCACGCACACACACACACACGCACACACACGCACACGCUGAGCUGCCUGCACCCAGAUUGUCUCACACUUAACCCUUUCAUCCUACACCUGGAUCCCUCACACUGAGCCCCUUCACACUUGGAUCCUUCCUGGUUGAGCCUGCCUGCCUGCCCCACACCUGGAAGGGCCUUAUAUGUCCACAUCCAGUGUACAACAUGUGUCUUUGGGGCAAGGCAUGGAAACUUAUACAGAACCUGCUCUUCAUAUGCCUGUCUUAAGCAAGUGAUAUUAUUAAUCCCUCACAUUUAUCAAGUUACCUACAACACUUAAAAAUGCAUAUCUUUUCUAAUAGUAUGCUGUUUCUACAGUUUGAUAGUUCGUCAUUUUAAUUCAAUCAAAAGCGUUUAGGACAUAUUUUCUGUUUUGUGUGUGUAAUUUUCUGAGCACUGAGAACAUGCCACUUUGCAUUUUCUGUUUUACACAAUCACCUGUCCUUGUACCAUUGUAAAAUAUUUAAAUUUAAUACCAAAGGUAUUGUCUCUCAUUUUUAAGGAAAUGUUUAAUAGCAAUUUCUUGGUGCAUAUUCCAGUUUGUACAAGUAAGGAAGCUAGGGCAUACGUUCAUUGAGGUUUGUACUUUGAUUACAUGCACAAUAAAUUCCAUACAGAUACUGUAAUAUAUAUAUAUAUAAUAUUUUAAUAUGCUUUGUAAUCACUUUCAGGUGGUUGUGAUAAAACUUGCUGAUUAAUAAACUGUUAAACUACCUGUUCUUUGGGGUUUGUAAAACUUUGUUUCUGAGAGGAAAAACAAUUAGAGGAGGAAGUCUGGUCUAGUCAUUUAGAUCAUAUACCCCUAAAUUACUAUUUCCUUCUAUGCUACAGAGUACUCUAGUCUAUUACUCAGGAGUCCCAGUGCUACCGUUACCUAGCCAUGUUACCAUGGGGAAGCCACUUAAUCUCUGUGCCUCAGUUUACUUCUCUGUAAAUAGGUCAUGAUGCUUGCCUUACAGGUGCUAUGAAAUAACCAGUAUGAAGCUCUGCUUAUUCUGUGGCCCUAGAAUCUGCUGCAGAAUUCAGUGCCUACCCCAGAACUGUGCUCCAGGACCUGUUUUCAUUUAAAAAAAAAAGUCCGUUUCUAGGUCUUGUGGUUUGAAAAUAACCUUCCAGAUGUGAACUGAGCAUAAACCAAUGUAGUAAUGUCUUUCUGUGUAUACAAACAGGCUGAAACAACUUGCUUUGAAAUGCUCUUCAUUAAUUUCCAUGGGGGUGUUAAUCCUGAAACCUAACAUUAGUAUAAAUGGCAAUUUAGCAGAAAAUAUCCAGCUAAUAUGGUUAUUCCACAGUCCCAAAACAUUUUCCACACCUCCCCAGGUGCCUAAACAUCCAUUUCCCCAAACCAUCUGCCAAAACCUCCAACUUGUUUCUUAACUUCAGGAAUGUAUGAAACCAUUGUCAGUUAAAAACAGAAAUUUCAUUACACUAUAAUUGACACAAUAAAUGUUCCCUUGAUUUUAUUAUUUAUUUGGGUGAAAAUAGUUUUUUUUUUAAUUUACCUGAAGCUGCCCCAGAAAUUCCAGUCUGUCACAUCAGAGUGCUACAGAAAAGAGGUACCCUUUCUGCACAGUGUAGGUCUAGGUUACUGAACAAACAAAAGGGUUUUCAGCAUAGCAAUAAGAGUUAACAGUGUUGUCUCAAGCCACAUUAGAGGUCAGUGCAGUUAUUGUCUAUAUAGGAUGGUACUUCGUGACAAAUCUGGAGCAUAACCUUACAAUACUGAAACAUGAAGAAUUUGCAGUGGUUUUGCACACAUCUCGUUACUUUGAUUUUGUAUAUCCUCCACACCAAAACAAAAAAGUAUUACUAAGUUUAUGUAUAGAAAUUUGUAGCCAAAAUCUCUGGCCAGCAGAGCUGUGUGAAUGAUUAUUUCCUAUGGUGGGUGUUUUUUAAUUUAAAAAAAAGAAAGGAAAAAAAGCUAGAAAAUCAGACUGGCAAAACAAAUUGAGUAUAUUUGUAUUUUUCUUCCAAGAAAAAAAUUCCAAUUAUGCGAGAAAAGAAAGAGGAAGAAAAUGUUACAGAUGGGAGUCAAGGAGAAUGUCCAAAGAGAAGAAAGCAGCAGAGCAUAAUAACAGAAUCAGCUGAGUAUGACACUCAGGGGAAUCUACUCUGUUAUGCAAUUAAAUGUUAUAUUUAGAACAUGUUGAUAAAAGUUGAGAAUGUCUAAAACAGUAAUUUCUUAAAAUAAAUUCCUUCCAGGUGUGUAGUCCAAGAACGUUGAAUGGACAAAUGCAAAUAUAUUUUUGUAAAAUGGAGAAGAGUAGUAGUGGAAUCCCUUUUUGAUUUGCCUCCCUAGAAAUAUGAGCGCACACGUCCCUGGGUGAUCAAUGCAUGGAAAAAGCACAAAUACUUUUCUAGCAGUGUUGCUUCUUCUGCAGCAGGAAGGUAGAAUUGUGCAUUUGUGAGCCAGAUAUUAAUUGAUAUACUUGUGCCAUAAGAGAAUUUGAUAUUCUGGAUAAGAGCUUCAAGAAAUCUGCAAGGAUGGUGAAGACCCUGAUAGUUUAAUAGCAAACAUUCUUCAGGUCUUCUAUCAUGGUAGGAACUGCAUGUUCCAUGGGGACUAUUGUAAAUGGAUUUAUUGUGGUUAUGAAUUUCAUUGAGUGGAUUAAAAGCAAAAAACUCACCACAUGUGAUGCUAUCCUGAUCACUUUGGGCUUAUCCAGAUCUUUCUUUCAAUGUUAUGAGCCCUUGGAGAUGGCUUUGUGCUAUAGUGUUUCCCUAGAAAAUCUCUCUGAAUUAGUUAUAUGGAGAAUUGAUAGAGAGAACUGGAUUAGUGGUUUUGGCAUUGGAUUCACCCCAUCCUUCUUCAUGUUUAUUAUUUCUGCAGUCCUCUUAAUCUCAUCUCUAUGGAGAUACAACAGGCUGAUGCAAGAGGUUUCAUCCAGUUACCGCAAUGCCAGUGCAGAGUCCUGGAUCAGUGUCAUUAAAGCUCUUCUCUCCUUCAUUCUUUAUGCUUUCAAUGUUAUUGCUUUGUUUCUUUUGCUGUCAAAUAUUUCCUCUUUGGAAGCCCCUAGUUCAGUACCUGUACAAUUGGAUUGUCAUCUAUGCCUGUACACAAAGCAUGAUCUUGACAGUGGUGUGGAAACUGCAGGGAGGUGUGUUUGAGGUGAGCUGGAGGAUAAACUGAGGCAGCAGCAGGGCCCAUGCCCUGCUACACAGAUCCAGAAUGUGAGCAUUUUACAGUCCAUGGAGGUUCAUUACGGAAGAUUUCAUCAGGCUAGCGGGGUCUGGGCCACGCGCGAGAAUGGAGAAAAGAGGAACUAAACUAUAACUCCUAUGAGGCCCUGUGGCACCAUAGGCAGACGCAGUUUAAUAUCAAACUAAC